AUGCGCGGAUGCCGCCCCGCGGCUGCGCAGCGCCAGCCCGCGCCCCGCCCCAGUCCCUGGGACCCCCAAGCCCAACCCCAGAUGGCCACGCCCAUCAUCCGUCCGCGCCGGGAUAGAUCCCGCCCAGAGCUCCGCCCCCGGGGAGCCCAAAGGGGUUACCAAGGCAUGGUCUGGAUCCGAUCCAGCCGCCUGCUGCCCGCUGUGUCUGGCCCUGGCGCCUCUCCCAGACUUUCAGCGAAGCUUUACCUCCCCAGUGCUGGGACUACAGACCUGUGCUACCGCCGCCAGGGGCCUGUGCUACCGCAGUCAAGGGUCGUGUCCCUUGAUCCCCGAGGUGUCGAUAGGAACCCAGAAUCCCAAGCGGCUGGAGCACUGGGGGACACCCGGGCAGAGCCUUCCCUGGAGCAAGUCCUGCAGGAACGGGAUGAAGCCAUUGCUAAGAAACGCGCUGUGGAAGCUGAGCUGCAGUCCUGCAGAGCCAGGUUGCGUACCGUGGAGGCUCAGCUGCUGGAAGUCCUACAGGAGAAACUGAGGCUGAAGCAGGAAGUGGAGGCCUGGGAGGAAGACAUGCAGCUUGUGGUUCAAGAGCGGGUGCAGAGUCAACUGCAGGAGGAGUCCAGGGGCGCUCUGGGCACACAAGAGAACGCCAGUGCUGGCAGGGGCUCCCGGAUCCACCUCUCCUGGAGUCAGUGGGGACGAUGGUGGUGAAAACGGAUCCCAGUACGUUAAGAGAACCAACUUUAUUCAUUAAAGUGUUGGGCUACCUCUGUA